AUGAAACCGGGUCCAAAAACAGUGCCCAGACCCGACCCGGCAAAUGUGGCGGUUUGGGUCGGGUCGGGUCAUAAAGUCAAUAUUGCUGCCCAAACCCGACCCACCUGGGGGAGCAGGCGGGUCAGGGUCGGGUCGGGUCGGCCGCUUACGUUCUCAGGGCUGGCUACAGGCCUAGAGAUGGUCGAAGGGUAUCCGUCGCGGAUACCCGUUAUCCGCUGGCGGAUACCCGCCUGUGCCAACGGAUACCCGCCAGCGGGUGCGGAUUCGGGUGCGGAUGGCCCCUUUUCCGCAAAUCGCCGGCGGGUAUCCGGGUAUCCCAAAGGAUACCCGCGGCCGGGAGGGGAGAUGGCCGGCUGGAAGGAAGCCCUUCCAGUCGACGAGGUACAAGUACCUCGCCGGUGUGAGAACUCCUUUGGGAACGGUGGCAGUCCUGUGAGGGGGAAAUAG